CUGUCGAAACUUGAAACCAAGGAUGGUUCUCUCAGUUGUUCAGGGGUGCGAAGAAGAAUCAUCCAGCGUUGUUAGCUCAGUUUUUGCAUCAAGAUAUGUUCAGGACCCACCUCCAAGGUAUAAGAUGCCGGAGAAAUCGAUUCCAAAAGAAGCAGCAUACCAGAUAGUACACGAUGAAUUACUAUUAGAUGGUCUUCCCAGGCUUAACUUGGCUACAUUCGUCACCACAUGGAUGGAACCUGAGUGUGAUAAGCUGAUGGCAGAAGCCAUCAACAAGAAUUAUGUAGACAUGGAUGAAUACCCAGUCACAACUGAGCUUCAGAAUCGGUGCGUGAACAUGAUUGCCAAACUUUUCAAUGCUCCAUCAGCUGAUCAGACAAAACAAGCAGUUGGAGUUGGGACAGUGGGAUCCUCAGAGGCAAUAAUGUUGGCCGGAUUGGCAUUCAAGAAGAAGUGGCAAAACAAGAGAAAGGCACAAAAGAAACCUUUUGACAAGCCUAAUAUUGUUACUGGUGCCAAUGUUCAGGUUUGUUGGGAGAAAUUUGCAAGAUACUUUGAAGUGGAGUUGAAGGAAGUGAAACUAAGGGAAGGGUACUAUGUGAUGGACCCGGUGAAAGCGGUGGAGAUGGUGGAUGAGAACACCAUCUGUGUUGCAGCUAUCCUGGGUUCUACCUUCAAUGGUGAAUUUGAAGAUGUCAAGCUCUUGAACACUCUCCUUACUCAAAAGAACAAGAGAACUGGGUGGGACACCCCAAUUCAUGUGGAUGCAGCCAGUGGAGGAUUUGUGGCUCCUUUUUUAUACCCAGAACUGGAAUGGGAUUUCCGGCUACCUUUGGUGAAGAGCAUCAAUGUCAGCGGCCACAAAUACGGCCUUGUCUACGCUGGAGUUGGGUGGGCCAUUUGGAGGAGCAAAGAGGAAUUGCCUGAAGAACUCAUCUUCCACAUAAACUACCUUGGUGGUGAUGAACCCACCUUCACCCUCAACUUCUCCAAGGGGUCCAGUCAGGUUAUUGCACAAUACUACCAGUUCUUGCGCAUGGGCUUUGAGGGAUACAAGAAAGUGAUGAGCAACUGCAUGGAAAGUGCGAGGAUACUUCGAGAGGGAUUGGAGAAAACAGGGCGUUUCCAAAUAAUUUCGAAGGAGAAAGGAGUACCCGUCGUGGCCUUUGCAUUCAAGGGUAACGAUCGUAAAAACUUGGCAUUCGGAUUAUCAAAAGCCUUGAGGAACUACGGGUGGAUCAUUCCAGCUUACACGAUGCCAGCCAAUGCGGAGAAUGUCACGGUCCUUCGGGUGGUUGUUCGUGAGGACUUUGGGCGGCAGCUGGUUGAGAAGUUGCUUUUCCACAUUGGAGUUGCGUUGAAGGAGGUCACGGAUGCAGCAAGUAGUGUUCCAAUGAUAAGACUUACAGUGGAAAUGAAGGCAGAUGAGAGUGAAAUGAAUGUCGGUGAGGGAACUCUACACAUACCGGCAGCUUCAGUGCACUGGAAGCAUGAUAAACCCGAAACUGUUGACACUCAAGUGCCCAUAAUGGAUGGUAAAACUAAAGGGGUUUGCUGAAUUUGAAGUUGAUUUAAUGAUUGGUGCUUGGUGCUUGGUGUUUCGUAUGUAAUAAAGCUUUCCCAAGCUUAAUAAAAUCAAUAUGGUAAACAUCCAUUAUUGGA